GACGAAGAUUCCGACGAAGACUAUGGAAGUCUGUUAUCACUCAAAAGUCAACAAUUUUCACUUUUUUCAAUCACCUCCGCUCCAUUUCUGGAAGAAGGAAGGAAAGUUAUCGCUGUCUCUAUCGCCAUCUCUGCAUCCACAAUUGACUGCUGGCCAUGGAAACUACUCCUGUUGCUCGUCUUUAAGGCAAUGGAGAAAUACAAAAUUUUACGCCGUCCUAGGCAGUUCAGCUUUUGGCACAAGUAGGGAAUCAUGUGUCUCCCUUCACUCUUCCCCCCAACAAAAGAAGUAUAAUAGCGGUUUUGGAAAUAAUAGCUUUUAUAGACAACAUAGAUCAUUGAGACACAUUAUUGCAAGGUCCGAACUUGCUAAUACCAGCUCAGCUGGUGCUGCUUAUCCACUGUCAGAACUAGAGUUGAGGUCAAAAGUCAGAGCGAUAUGCUUUUACUCUGUCAGUGCUUUCUCUGCCAUCUUUUUGUUCGUGAUCAUGCUUGUGCAACAUCCUUUUGUACUGUUAUUUGAUCGAUACCAUAGGAAGGCUCACCAUCUUGUUGCCAGGACAUGGGCAACCUUGACCAUUACUCCAUUUUAUAGAGUUGAGUUUGAGGGCUUGGAGAAUCUUCCUUCUCCUGAUACUCCUGCAGUAUAUGUGUCCAACCAUCAGAGCUUUCUGGACAUAUAUACAUUACUUACUCUUGGGAGGAACUUCAAGUUCAUCAGCAAGACUGCAAUUUUCCUAAUUCCUAUUAUUGGAUGGGCCAUGUAUCUGAUGGGUCUGAUUCCAUUAAGGCGCAUGGACAGCAGAAGUCAAUUGGAAUGUCUCAAGCGUUGCAUGGAUUUAGUCAAGAAGGGGGCAUCCGUCUUUUUCUUCCCCGAGGGUACUCGGAGUAAAGAUGGAAAGUUAGGCCCUUUCAAGAAAGGUGCCUUUAGCGUUGCUGCCAAAACCGGAGUGCCUGUGGUUCCAAUUACUAUUAGUGGAACAGGCAGGAUAAUGCCAGCAGGGCUGGAGGGUAGAGUAUAUCCAGGAUCAGUUAAAGUUUUCAUCCACAAGCCUUUAAAAGGUAAUGAUUCAGAUGUGCUGUGUAGCGAAGCCAGGAAUGUGAUAAAGGAUGUGCUCGUUCAUCAAGGCUGAGGGAUCUGUUCAACAUGUACUUUCUAGUUUAUCUUUUUCACCAAAGCAUCACAAGUUAGGAUUCAGGGAAUAUGUGCAU